AUGGAACACCAGAAUUUAGACAAAACGAUAUCUACAGCUCUUAUGCUGCCUAAAGAGAACGGUGAUGAAAAAAUAGUAAUAAUAACCCCCCCUAACGGGGUGGGAAAGAUUUUGAUAAGGGAGGAUACGGUUUUAGCGUGUGCGGGUUGUGGAAGAGGACCUUUUAAUUGUGGUGGGGUUAAAAAACAGUGGAGCGGUUUAUGUUGGGGGAAACAACCUGAAAAGAACUAUUAUUUUUUGAUCGUACUGCUGUCGGUCACGUUCGUGCUAAGUGUGAUCGGGACGAUCUGUUUUUGUUUCACAAAUACUAUCAACAAUGCUAUUCUAUCUAGCAUGGUGAUUAGAAACAAUUCAUUAGCGUACAAUAUCUGGAGGCGACCAAACGUCCAACCUCUCAUGAAGGUACACCUCUUUAACUACACCAACUGGGAGAAGGUUAAAAGGGGAGAAGAGAAGAAGCUGCAUGUCGAAGAAGUGGGGCCUUACGUCUAUUCGCAACAACUCGAAAGGGUGAACAUCCACUUCAACGGUGAUAAACUGUCAUUCCAGGAACGGAACCGUUUCACGUACUUACCGAACGACAGCAAUGGAGCCCACUUUGACCAAGUCUUGGUCCCAAACUUACCUUUACUUGGUUUACUAGCUAUGGCUCAGAAUAUGGACUAUUUACCUCGGAUGGCUAUUUACCAAGCCAUGAUGUGGAAAUGGUCCGGUAUCGACCAUCCCGACCCGUUCGUUAGUCUUCCUGUGCACAGGUUCCUGUGGGGUUACGAGGACAGCAUUAUGAACGUAGCCAAAGCUUACUUAAGCUUCAAAGGACAGCUGAAGUUCGAUAAUUUCGGGUUACUGGUCACUAAAAACGGCACAGUCUCCGAGCGGUUUACGAUAAACACGGGGGAGAGAGAGAAGGAGAAGAUGAACACAAUAGAAAUGGUAGAUGGCCAGGACCACCUCUCGUUUUGGGGAACCCCCGAGUGUAACAGCAUAGAAGCCUCCGACGGGUCCAUCUUCCCACCAUCGCAACUCGACAGGAACCGUACCCUCUACGUGUAUUUCCCCAACCUCUGCCGAAGACUGCCCUUCACCUUUGAAAAGGACGUUGAGAUGUCUGACAACAUCCAGCUCAUGAGAUACCGUAUGCCGCUGAAUGUAUUCGAUGACCCCAAAAGCAACCCCCACAACCAGUGUUACUGUGAGAUAGAUACGGCCACUUGCCCCCCUAAGGGGGUCAUCAAUGUCACUAGGUGUACCAUGGGCGCUCCAGCUUUCAUCUCCUUCCCCCAUUUCUAUCUCGGGGAUCCGAUUCUUCGCGAGAACUUCACCGGAUUAAAACCCGAUCCAGACAAGCACGAUUCCUACUUAGAUUUGCAUCCGACACUAGGAUUGGCAUUACGCGGGAAAUCGAGCUUCCAAAUCAACAUACAAGUGAGAAAAAGUAAUAUGUUGUCAUCUCUAGACUUUUUGCAACAAGGAAUGAUCCUGCCCGUGGCCUGGAUCGAAAUGGGCGUUGAUGACCUUCCCGAAAGCUUACGGACCCUCGUCUACCACGGCACUUAUUCAACAGCUGCAGUCCAGCUGGGAUUAACCAUCAUCUGCGUCCUAUCUCUCAUAGGAUCGGGCUUAUGCCUAUUGGUACUAUACGUGCGACGGAAACAGCGGCCUUGCGCAACUUUAAAAGUAAAACCACCUCGACGAAGUUGA